AUGUUUCAGACUAUCGCAUUUGUCACUGGAUCAACUGGCCAACAGGGCGGUGCUACUGCUCGCGAGCUUCUGAUUGCCGGGGUCAAAGUUCAUGCACUUGUUCGAGAUCCGUCAUCCAAGUCCGCCAUGGAGCUUCAACGCUUGGGGGCGCAUUUGUUUCCUGGGAAUUUCGAUAACCUAUCCUCUCUGACGACUGCGAUGAAGGGCGCUACCGCCGUGUUUCUAAACGUGUCGCCAUCGCGUCCUGACACCCAUCAAGAGGUGAUUCAUGCGAAGAAUAUCAUCGACGCUGCUGUUUCAUCCGGAACAGUCACUAGCAUUGUCUAUUCCAGUGUAUCAAUGACAGGAAAGCACGAGAGCUUCCCACACUGGGGACUUGAGCACCCCAUGGCGUGGUAUUGGCUAAACAAAGCUCAAAUCGAGUCAAUGGUGCGAAAUUCCGGCAUCAAGAACUGGACCAUUCUGCGACCUGCAUUUCUCAUGAACAACUAUCACCAGCCUACGGCGUCUCACAUGUUUCCUGACCUGGUCCAGAAACGAGUCUUUCUUACGGCAUACAAUCCCGAUAGUGGGAUGACAGUCGUUGAUCCCGGUGACGUUGGGAAAUUUGCAGCGGCUGCAAUUAUUGACCCUCAGUCUUUCAACACUCAUGAAGUCGACCUGGGUGUUGAGUCUCUUACACCGGUUCAGAUUGUUCGGGAGCUCAGCCGAGUUAGUGGGGCGAAUAUUAGUCUCCAGUUCUACAGCGACCAGGAGGCAAAAGACCUUGCUUUGCGAAACCCUGUCAUAAAUGCUCAACUGUGGUCAAAUGAAGUUGGGUACCAAGUCGAUUUCAAUAAACUGGAUAAGUAUCCAAUUAAUUUAACCAGAUUUGCAGAAUACCUUAAAAAGCAUCGAGAUGAGGUUUUACAGACAUUUAAUUAA